AUGCCUCAUGCAACCACAACCGGCACCGGCCUCCAAGACCCGCAGACGAAGCACGAACCUGACUACCGGCCAUCCACGACCGAGAAGAUGAGUUCGGUCGCGGCCAGCAAUGGCUUGGAGAAGUUUCCCGACCUCGAUGUCCAGGAGCUCAACGCCCGCAUCCCAAGCCCCCAAGGCCCCAACGGCCAGCCUGGUGGACUCUCAUCGCAGCUUGCAGGUCAAUGGCAGCCCUGGAAGGACCCUCUCGCCGACGCUCCUCGGCGUGGGAAUUCGUUUGGACAGCCCAACCGCGCAUACGGCCACAGCAGACAGAAAAGCCUCGGCGAAGCUCUUCGCACAAUCCGGACUCGUUCCGGUAGCACCACCCAGAACGUCCAUGAGAUUGCCGAUGCUCUGAAGGCGCCGAUAUCACCAAAACUCGUGCUUCUUUGUGUUAUGUGGUACUCCUCGUCUGCCUUGACCAACACGUCGUCAAAGUCCAUCCUCAACGCCUUUGACAAGCCUGCCACCCUGACGCUCGUUCAGUUUGCCUUCGUGUCAUUCUAUUGCAUCCUGCUGGCCUGGCUGGCCACCGUUUUCCCCUCCCUAAAGCGCCUCCUCCCAGUCCUGAAAUACGGCAUCCGCUCCCCCACAGCCGAGGUCCUUCGGACUACCCUGCCCCUAGCUGCUUUCCAGAUUGGUGGCCACCUUCUCAGCUCAACAGCGACGUCCAAGAUUCCCGUUUCUCUUGUCCACACCAUCAAGGGCCUGUCUCCGCUCUUCACCGUGUUCGCUUACCGAUUGUUCUUCGAUAUCCGCUAUCCAACCACCACCUAUCUGUCCCUCAUUCCGUUGACCCUCGGUGUCAUGCUUGCGUGCUCCGGCAGUCAUUCUUUCAAUGGCGGUCAGUUUUUCGGCCUCUUAUACGCCCUAUUGGCCACCAUGAUCUUUGUCACCCAAAACAUCUUCUCAAAGCGACUCUUCAAUGAGGCCUCGCGCGCCGAAGUCGAAGGACAGGGCAUAAAGGGCCGCAAGCUGGACAAGCUGAACCUGCUUUGCUACUCUUCGGGGCUGGCUUUUAUGGCCACUGUGCCCAUCUGGCUCUGGUCCGACGGCUUCCACAUUUUGGGCGACUUUCUCCAUGACGGCUCCGUCGACCUGAGUGAGGGUCCCAACAGCUUCGAUCACGGACGGCUGCUGGUCGAGUUCAUUUUCAAUGGGACCUUUCACUUUGCGCAAAACAUGCUGGCGUUUAUUCUGCUCUCUCUCGUGUCGCCAGUCACUUACUCGGUGGCGAGUCUUAUCAAGCGCGUUUUUGUCAUUGCCAUUGCCAUCUUUUGGUUCCGGAGCCCGACGACCAAAAUUCAGGCUGUUGGUAUUGCCCUUACUUUCAUGGGAUUGUACUUCUACGACCGUACCAACGAAAACAAGGCAGACCGCCGAGCCCGGACCAUGACCGAGGUGAACGCCCAGAAUCUGCUGCCCCUCAACCUCAACGCCUCUUUGCCGCUUAACCAGAAUACGGCACACAUUUUUGAGAGCCCUUCGGCCUUGUCAGCCGCAUCAGGAACGGCCCAUCCUUACACAGUCGGAUACAGCGUUGCUACCAUCGAUGAUCCUAAAAAGUCCGACGAUGGCGGUCGGGGCCGGGCACACGGAAGCAGCAGUGCUACAUGGAUGCCUCCUGGGACACGCCAAGAAGACACUUGGCGUACGGGCGACAAAUAUCAGGUCCCGGUCUUAUAA